GUCCGGGGGUCGGCAGGCUGUAUCGGCAGCUCCAUCCAGCUCCCAGGAGGGGAGAUCGGGUGGCAGGAAGAGAAUGAAGCUGAGGAAGAGCGAGGAGCCGCUCCCGGGGCGAGCGGUGGCUCUGUUCCUUCUCCUCUGUGUCUCGGGGAUGAGAGCAGAAAUCGCUCGGUACUCUGUGCCCGAAGAGGCGGAGAGAGGCUCCUUUGUGGCGAAUAUCGCUAAGGAUUUGGGACUGACCAGUGAGGAAUUAUCGGCUCGUCAGGCUCGACUCGUUUCUGAUGGAGAAAAACAGUAUUUACAGCUGAACCAGCACACCGGGGAUUUGGUGGUGAGAGAGCAGAUGGACCGGGAGGAGCUGUGCGGGCAGAGUGAGCCUUGCCUGGUGCGUUUCGAGGUGCUGCUGGAGAACCCACUGCAGUCCUUCCGAGCUGAGGUAAGACUCACCGACAUUAAUGAUCAUGCUCCUGUGUUCUUAAAUAAAGAGAUAGUUUUAAAGAUCCCGGAAUCUGCAAUGCCAGAGACUCGGUUUUUGUUGGAAAGUGCUCAGGAUCCAGAUGUGGGGAACAAUAGUCUUCAGCAUUAUAGUAUCAGCUCCAACGAGUAUUUCCAUGUGUACACUCGGCAGCGCAAUGACGGCAGGAGGUACGCCGAGCUGGUGUUGGAUCGAGCCCUGGAUCGGGAGCAGCAGGCAGAAGUUGCUUUCAGCAUCACAGCUGUGGAUGGUGGGACUCCACCCCUCUCUGGUACAGCCUUAAUCCGCGUAGUGGUCCUGGAUAUAAAUGACAACAUUCCAGUAUUUACUCGGAGUCUGUAUAAAGUCCCCGUUAGGGAAAAUAUCUCACAGGAUACCUUAGUGGUGGUGGUGUCUGCUAGCGAUUUAGACUCAGGAACAAACGGGGAAAUAGCCUAUUCAAUUGUUCAAAAUUCAAAGGAAAAUUUCGAGACGUUUAAAAUAAAUCCAGAGACAGGCCAGAUUCGACUCAAAAAGCCUUUGGAUUAUGAAGAAACAAAGACCUAUGAGAUAGACGUCCAGGCAACAGAUGGAGGGGGCCUGUCCGCGCACUGCAAGGUGGAGGUGCAGGUGGAGGACGUGAACGACAACGCCCCCGAGGUGAUCAUCACCUCCCUCACCAGCACCCUCUCGGAAGCCGCCCCGCCGAACACCGUGGUCGCUCUCUUCAACGUGCGGGACCGGGACUCGGGGGACAAUGGCAGGACAACCUGCGAGCUGGCAGGUGAGCAACCUUUCAGCAUCUCUCUGCUGGCAGCCGACGCGUACGCGCUGGUGACAUCGGAGGCGCUGGACCGGGAGCAGGUGGCAGAGUAUAACGUGACGGUGCGAGCCCGUGACCAAGGCUCACCCGCGCUUUCGACGUCCAAGACACUGCUCGUGCGGCUCUUGGAUGUGAACGACAACGCGCCCACCUUCAUCCAGGACAUUUACACCAUGGUGAUGAGCGAAAACGAGCCCGCGGGGACGAGCCUGGGCCGCCUGAGAGCCACAGACGCUGACGCGGGAGAAAACGCACAUGUGAGAUAUGCAAUAGAGGCACCUCCACCGGGAACCCCCGCCGCGGCACCGUUCGUGUCCGUGGAUGCGGAGAGUGGAACCGUCCGGACAUUGCGUCCACUGGACUAUGAGAAGGUGCGUGCCUUCGAGCUGGUAGUGCGCGCCAGUGACGGCGGUUCGCCGCCGCUCAGCGCCCAGGCGGUGCUGCGAAUCGUGGUGCAGGACCAGAACGAUAACGCGCCCGUGGUGCUGCACCCGCCCCCCGACAGCAGCCUCGACCACGAUCCUGCGAGCAGGCAGCAGCCGCAGGUAGCUGAGGAGGACCUGCUCACCACCUACCUCAUUGCCUCCCUGGGCUGCGUCUCGUCACUCUUCCUCCUGUCCGUCGUCGCCUUGGCGACAGCCAAGCUGUGCAAGGCUCGCCUCCGGGCACACCUUUCACCUCCCUCUGCCAUUUGCUACGCGGAUGGAGAUUUCGCCAGCGACGGCGUGGACGUGGGCAGGGUGGACACUCUGUCACCGGCUUACCGCUACGAGGUGUGCCUGACCACCGGCUCGGGGAGGAGCGAAUUUCAGUUCUUGAGCCGCCGGACUGGCCGGUCGGCGGGCGCGUCCAUGCCUGAGCCGUACUGGGAGGAACCUCCCUUCCCCGUCCUCAGCCUGACACUCCCCAGUAGCUGUAGUGCCGUCCUCUGCUGUUACAGGCGUGCAGGACCGGCGGAGGGGUCGAGCCGGUUUCUCCGUCCGGGGAAGGCGGCUCAGUCCCUCCGGAAAAAGUCUCUGCCCCACGCUGCCCUGAGAAACACCUUGUGCCGCUUUUACCGCUGCGCUCCUCGGAGGUCACAGACUCGCCUAUUGUUAGACGAGCGCGCCCUCCGGACCGCGGGCUGCGGACAGCGAGGAGCAGGGACAGACGCGGAGCAGCUGCAGGCUCUGCUUGUGCGCUGGGACUCCCCGAAGGGCUCCCGCCGCUACUCGCGGGGCAUUUUUAUCCCCGCUUCCAUGCAACCUGGCGCAGGACGCGGCGCUGCCGCCGGCGCAGCUCUCGGCUCCCCCCCCCCCCCCGCCCGCCUGCUGGCCGAGGACGGCCGGCAGCACUUUCGCCUCGACCGCGCCAGCGGCCGCCUCGUCGUGGCCGACAGGCUCGACCGGGAGCAGCUGUGCGCCCAGUCCGACACCUGCACGCUCGCCUUCGAGCUGCUGCUGGCCGACCCGCUGCAGUUCUUUCGGGUCGAGGUGGCCCUGCACGACAUCAAUGACCAUUCACCCGUUUUUCCCGAGGAAAGAGUCACUUUUGACAUCCCCGAAAGGGGCGACCCAGGCUCUCGUUUCCCUCUGGAGGUUGCUCGGGACCUUGAUAUUGGCAGCAACAGCAUUCAGAAAUACAGCAUCUCUCCCGAGAACGAGUACUUUAGCGUCUCUUAUGGGAGUCGGAGUAAUGGCGACAAAUAUGUUGAACUUGUUUUGGAAAAGUCUCUAGACAGAGAGGAGCAGGCAGAGAUGGAUUUCAGCCUCAUUGCUGUGGAUGGAGGCUCUCCACCAAGGAGUGGGACCACACAAAUUCACAUUGUAGUUCUAGAUGUCAAUGACAACGCUCCAGUCUUCACACAGGAUCGUUACACUGUGCAGGUUUUGGAAAAUGCACCGGAGGGCUCUGUGGUCCUGACUGUGCUGGCAACUGAUCAGGAUGCUGGAGUUAAUGGAGACAUCUCCUAUCAGUUCAGCCAAGCGGUUGGCCAGAGUGACUCAGCCUUUGAGAUUGAUCCCAUAACGGGUGAAAUUAAACUCACAAAGCCUCUGGACUUCGAGGCAGCAGAGACUCAUGAACUCAGUGUGAGAGCCAGAGAUGGUGGGGGCCUUUCAGCAAUCUGCAAGGUGUUAGUGCAGGUGUUGGAUGUGAAUGACAAUGCCCCGGAGCUGGUGGUCAGUUCCUUCAGCAGUCCCCUCCCCGAGAACUCAGCGCCCGGCACGGUCGUUGCCCUCUUCACCGUCAGGGACCGCGAUGCCGGGGCCAACGGCAAGGUCUCCUGUGCCCUCGACGAUCAGCUCGUCUUCUCCCUGCGCCCAGCCUAUAAGAAUUACUAUGAGCUGGUGACCGUCAGUGCCCUGGACCACGAGGAGACGGCUCAGUACAUCCUGACGGUGACAGCAGCAGACGCGGGCUCCCCUCCUCUGACGAGCAGCCACACCUUCACCGUGGCCAUCUCGGACGUCAACGACAACGCGCCCGUCUUCAACCAGACCUCGUACACCAUGUACGUGCGUGAGAACAAUGUCCCCAGCGUGCUGGUUGGAGCCGUGAGCGCUGCAGAUGCCGACGUGGGGCUCAACGCCAAGGUGACCUAUUCGCUGUCAGCGGGGCCAGCGGCGGAGCGGCCUUGCACAGGGUCAGCACNUGCCCACGUGCUUUACGGGGCCGACAACUUGCCCAGCGGCCUGGCCGAGGCAGCUGCUGCAGGGACCCUGCCCCACCCCUACUGCUACGAGAUCAGCCUCACCACGGGCUCGGGCAACAGCGAGUUCAAGUUCCUCAAGCCCUUCGGCCCCGGCCUGACACCACAGCCCUGUGCCACGGGCGGAGGCCCCAACAAGACUGUGGACCUUUAA